ACACACUGAGCACACCCUGCCAGUGCUAGCGAGCUAGUCAGUGUCAACGGGCACAAACAUGUCGGGGAAGAGUUUUCGAGUCAGCGACGGGGACUGGAUUUGCCCUGAUAAAAAGUGUGGAAACGUGAACUUUGCAAGAAGAACUAGUUGUAACAGAUGUGGCAGGGAGAAAACCACAGAGGCAAAGAUGAUGAAAGCAGGAGGAACAGAGAUUGGGAAAACUCUGGCUGAGAAGAGUAGAGGCCUAUUCAGUGCUAAUGAUUGGCAAUGCAAAACGUGUGGCAAUGUGAAUUGGGCUAGAAGGUCAGAGUGCAAUAUGUGUAACACACCAAAAUAUGCCAAGCUUGAAGAGAGAACAGGUUAUGGUGGAGGUUUCAAUGAAAGGGAGAAUGUGGAAUACAUUGAACGGGAGGAAUCUGAUGGUGAAUACGAUGAAUUUGGUAGGAAAAAGAAGAAGUAUCGUGGAAAGCCCAACAGCACAUCCUCAAAAGAAAGUGAAAAGAAGGAAGUAGCAAAACCUGAAGCUGAUGAGGAGGAGGAAGAAGACGAGGAAGAGGAUGAAGAUGGUGACCUUUCCAAAUACAAAUUGGAUGAUGAUGAUGAUGAGGAUGAAGAUGGAGACCUGUCAAAAUAUGACCUGGAUGCCAGUGAUGAUGAUGACGAUGACAAGCCAGCUAAGAAAAAGGGCAGCCGCUCGGGUUCCUCCCGUUCCCGCUCAUCGUCGCGCUCCUCCAGCUCCAGUUCACGGUCGAGGUCCAGGUCCCGCUCUAGAAGCUCAUCCAGUUCCAGGUCUGGAUCUCGCUCGAGGUCCUACUCCAGAUCCAGCUCCAGGUCUGGAAAGGGCUCCUCUCCGCAGAAGAGGUCCCGCUCACCCUCCUCCUCACCUGAGAGGAGACAGAAGCGCAGUCGCUCCAAGUCCUCAUCUGGAGGGAGAAAGAGGAGGCGUUCUAGAUCACGUUCGUCCGAAAGGUUUGGGUUUCUGUGGAAUACCACACUGGCACUGAUUUUUGUUAGACAACUGUCGCCUCGCUUAUGGGAUUUCAGAAUUACUGAAAUAUGUUCACAUUUUGCCCUGUUAUAUUGUUUUAUUUAUAUGUUGUGCCCAUAGACUGUAUAUACAUUAUUGGAUGUCGCUUCCGGGUCUGAAAAGUGAAGCCGAAGCAGAAGUACCUUAAACCUGCAUUCUUUCUAGUGGCCAGCAGGGUUCGAAUCCACUGGUUGCAAAAAGGAGUCCAAUUGUACAUGAAUCUAUAAAGAAAUGACCGUACUUCUCACUUGACUUAUUAUCUCAGUAAACAUUUCCCGAAAGGGUUUAUGGUCUCAGCUAGUUUCAGGUCUUCUUCAAUACAGCAUGAUGUUCGUUUUGUAAGUUAGGAUCCCAUUUAGAGAAAAACAGGCGACCCCAGAAAUGCAAAACGUAGUCCAUUACUCUAUAUACAGUCUAUGGUUGUGCGCUUGUACUUGUUUGAUGUAUGCAGAACUAAAUGUUAAUUGCUGGGCCUGCUGACCUUGUACUUCUUCCCAUGGUGUUUGUGUGAUUGCAGGUGCCGCGACCAGUCCUCUGGAUCCUCCCAUUCUGGCUCCAGUUCAAAAAAGAAAUAACUUUAUUACAGCCUUUAAAACAAGAAAAGGAACCUUAGUACAAGUGCAUGUUGUGUUGCGAGGAAAACAACCACAUCCUUUCAGUAUGCUGUUCAUUUUCAUAGAAAAGUCUUACUUCCCUCAAAAAAGACCACGGCAACGUGACUUCUCUCUGCCGUCAUCAUUACAUGCUCCCUUUUUAAAACCACAUACACCCCGAUCUGUGAGAAGUGUCUGUAACUACAGGUGUCCAAUAAACAUAAAUGUUUGGUCCUGUGAAGAGGCUGUAUCCCAUUCUAAACCCAUCUUUGUGGCAGUACAUUUUAUUCUAUUCAUCUGUGGAGAAAUUCAAGUAAACAUUUUGGAUUACUUUUUUUUUUUUUUUUUUGGCCCUAGGAAACAUCUGAGAUGUUUUUGUUGUUUUUUUUAAUACUUUUUUUUUUAACAAAAUAAGAAGUACUUAAGCACCAAUUUAGAAUACCAGAGAUGUAGCAAUGAAUUUUGGCCCAUUUGUUUUAUUUUCUGAUAAAUAUAUACUUUGUGUUUUCAAGGUAAGUAUUUUACUUUUUGAUAUUGCUUGUUUUAAGUAAAUGGCAGUAAGUUCAGCAUUCUUUGGAUUAGGUUUAAAUGUUUGGUUUUUCUUUUUUCUUUACACAAUUGACGGCUAGUUUACCACUCAGUUAUUCCUAUUCAUUAGUCUCUUGGGUAACUAAAGAAUUUAAGUGACAGAUUUCUGCGCUUCAGAUCAGUACAUCAAGAAUGAACAUCAUACAGUAUUUCCUGAUUUAUGGUAGAAUGUGGCAGUAUAGUCUUUUUAUUGGUAAAACAACUCAAAUGUACACGUGUAAAUAAAAUCCUGUUGAAAUCGUU